AAAAAAUUAGUAGAUAAUGGAUAUAUUUAUAAAGGAAAUCACGAAGGGUGGUAUUCUAUAUCUGACGAGACAUUUUAUAGUUCUUCUCAAAUUCAGGAAAUUCAAAACAAUAAUUCCGGAAACUGUGCUAAGGUAGCUAUAGAAACAGGUAAUCCAGUUGAAUGGGCUGAAGAGGAAAAUUAUAAAUUUCGAUUGUCUAACUUGAAAAAUAAAUUGAUAGAAUGGUUAGAUACAAAUCCUGAGGUAAUUGUUCCAUCAAACAAAUAUAAUGAGACAAAAUCCUUAAUAAUGACAGAGUUAAUUGAUUUAUCAAUAUCUCGACCUCGAUCUCGACUAAAUUGGGGAAUUAGUGUUCCUGAUGAUGUUGAACAAACCAUUUAUGUUUG